AGGGUUCUGGUGAGAAAAAGAAGGUUCCAGAAUAACUCAGCUGUACCUGCCUCCUUCAGGAUUCACUGAAGAGGCAAGGUGGAAGGGCAGGAGCCGCUACAUACCUCCACUACUCUCUGGGGUUCACAGCCUCUCUUCCUGACUCAUCUCCUGAAGGUUCACAGUCUCCACUGUCCCAGGAUCCGGCCUUCCCUCUUUACCCUCACUUCCUUGAGUCCCACAGCCUUUUCUAAAGCCUUGCCACCUCUGCGGCCCAAAGCCUUCUCUUCUGACCCUCAACUGAGCCUCAGCUGCUGGAGCAGCUUUCUGGCCUGAAUUACUUGCUACUCUCCAGCCAAGCACUCUGCCGCCCUGGCCUGGUGUCCAGCUUUGGGCAGCCACAGGGGCACUGAGAACCAUUUACCUGAGCUACAGGUGGUGGCUGCUGGUGAAGCCAUGUCAGAGCCAGCGGAUGGCCUCUCACUAGGGCAUUCACCUUCACAACUGAGCACUGCCACACUCGAGGACCUGGAGCUUCUCUUAACAGAAGGCCUAGCCAGCCCCGAGCCCUCGAGUGCCAAGAUCUCGGAGAGAUAUGAGUGCAGUGGCCUGGCAUCGGGCUCCUUGGUCCCUGAACAGGACACCCCUAAGCAGUGGAAACAGCUGGAACAAUGGGUAGCUGAGCUGCAGGCUGAGAUGGUUCACCUGAGGGGACACAAGGAACGCUGUGAGCAUGCCACAUUGGGCCUGCUCCGUGAGCUGUUGCAGGUUCGUGCCCGUGUGCAGAUGCAGGCCUCAGAGCUGCGCCAGCUGAGGCAAGAAGUGCAGCAGGCAGCCUGGAGCCCAGAGAAGGAGGAGCCAGAGUUUUCUAGGCCCCAGAGCCAGAACCAGAUGCAAACCCUGGAUAAAAGGCUGGUGGAGGUCCGAGAGGCUUUGACACACAUCAGGAGGAAACAGGCUCUACAGGACUCAGAGCGGAAACAUUCUGAGCAGGAGAUAAACCUCAGGCUGACCAACCUGGCUGGCAUGUUGAGCCAAGAGGAGCAGGGCCGGGAAGCAGCCUGUAGCACCUUGCAGAAAAACCAAGAGGAUACCAGCCAAAAGGUGGAGCUUGGGCUAGCCAAAAUGCAGGCUCCUCACAGGACAGGAUGGGCAGGACGUACUGGAUAUUCCAGCUGUUCCAACGCCCAGAUGACCAAACUCAAUGAGGAGAUGAGCCUUCGCUUCCUAAAGAGAGAGGCUAAACUAUGCAGUUUUCUGCAGAAGAGUUUCCUGUCCUUGGAGCAGAGAAUGAAAUCUUCGGAGAGUACACGGCUGAUGGCAGAGAGCAGCCUACGAGAGGAACUGGAAAACCGCUGGCAGAAGCUUCAUGAACUGACAGAGGAGCGCUUGCGGGUCUUGCGGGCACAGCGUGAGCAGGAUGAGGAAGGUCACCUGCUGGAGCACUGCCGGGGCCUAGACAAAGCUGUGGUCUAUCUGACCAAGUUUGUGCGACAGAACCAGGUGUCACUGAAUCGUGUCCUGAUGGCUGAGCAGAAGGCUCGGGAGGCCAAGGUGAACUUGAAGGAGAACCAGGCCGGGGAGUUGGCUUCCUUCGUCCAUGAGAAUCUGCAGGCUGUGCAGAUGGCUGGCAAGCUAGCCCAGCAGGAGACCCAGGAUGCACUGGAGCUGCUCCAAGAGAAGAACCAGGUCCUAGAGGGGUCAGUGGCAGGACUGGACCAGCAGCUAAAGGACCUGAGUGACCAUUGUCUAGCUCUGAGCUGGAGGCUAGAUCUGCAAGAACAAACACUAGGCCUGAAGCUGUCCCAGGCGCAGGCUGCAUGGAAAGGUGUGGAGAGAGAAUCCCUGCAGGAUCUAGUCCAGUGGCUGAAAGAAGUCUCAGCUCACGUGGAGGAAGUGCAGGAGAAAGUGAACAGCCUCUCCCGGCAGAUAGAGAGUGUCUCCAACAAGUGUGUCCUCCACAAGAGUGAUGUGGAUGUGAAGAUCUCCGCUGAGGGCAAGGCCAGGGAGUUUGAGGUUGAGACUGUGCGACAGGAGCUGGCUUCCCUGCUGAUGUCUGUGCAGCUUCUGAAAGAGGAGAACCCUGGACGGAAGAUUGCAGAGAUCCAGGGCCAGCUGGCCACGUUUCAGAAGCAAAUGAUAAAGUUGGAGAACAGCCUCCAGGCCAACAAAACCAUCCAGAACCUGAAGUUUAAUAAUGAGACCAAGCUGCGCACAGAGGAGAUCGCAACCCUGCGUGAGAGCAUGCUGAGCCUGUGGAGUGAGGCGGGUCCCUGGCCGCUGACGCUGGGCAGCAAGCGGGUAUUCAUGUCCCUGGUGAGGCAGCGGUUCUUCAUCAAGGACAUAGCCCUGGGCGAGAUGGUCUCUGUGAACUCCUGGGGAGUGUACCAGGCUGUGAGGUGGCUUCAUUGGAAGACAGUCCUCUUGAACCUGGUGACCCAGAAAAGUCCUGGAGUGAUCUCAGCGAUGACCCAGUGGAAGCCUGCAUCUGAGGCCACAUCUCUGACUAUGUUCCAGAAAUAAACAUGCUAGCUCUUGUAU